AUGAGUUGCACAGCUAAUUGCUUUGCAACGAUAGCCCUCCUCGCCUGCGUCUCGCUCGCCCGCGCCGAGCCACCAGUGCCGCAAAAUCAAUACUUGCCCCCCAAUCAAGGUGGUCAGCCCUCGAAUCAAUACCUUCCACCCACGCAGUCAUACCAAUCUCCGUCCAGUAACUACCUGCCCCCACAACGCGGUGGCGGCGGUGCUGGUGGUGCGCCACCAAGCAGCAGCUAUGGUGCACCCGCUGCCGGUGCGCCCAGUUCACAGUAUGGCGCUCCAGCUGCGCCCAGCUCGCAAUAUGGCGCUCCCGCGUUGACCGGCGCCAUAUUCCCUAAGCAACAGGGCGGUCGCGGCGGCUAUGGUGGCGGCAGCGGUAGCGGUAGUGGCGGUUAUGGCGGCGACGAACAGUACGGACCAGCUAAAUACGAAUUCAAAUACGAUGUGCAAGACUAUGAAUCCGGCAACGACUUCGGACACAUGGAACAGCGCGAUGGUGAUUUGGCAGUGGGCCGUUACUAUGUGCUCUUGCCCGAUGGUCGCAAGCAAAUCGUCGACUAUGAGGCUGAUGGAAAUGGCUACCGUCCAACCAUACGUUACGAACAGGUCAAUAGCGGUUUCAAUGGCAAUGCCGGCGCUGGGGGACGUGGCGGUCAGGGUGGCCAAUUCGGUGGCUACCAAUAAGGCGUCGUACAGCCAUGGACGUGUGUCGCUGAAGGGAGUGAAAAGAUUUUGGCAAGAAGGUGAAGUUAAGGUUUGGUGAGUGUA